UAAAUUGUUUGAGUGAAAUAUAAUUUAAUUUGUUUUUCCAGUUUCCAUUAUUACCAAAAAGAGAAACGAGUACCAAAAGAAUAGAGCAGAAGAUAGGAAAAGCAUGAAUGCCCCUGAUCGUUACGAGCGUUUCGUUGUUCCUGAUGGAGCCAAAAAGGUUUCUUAUGAGAGAGAUACAAAGAUCAUAAAUGCGGCUUCAUUCACCGUUGAAAGAGAGGAUCAUACAAUCGGCAACCUUCCCCGCAUGCAGCUUCAUAAAGACCCUAAUGUCUUAUUUUCUGGUUACAAGCUUCCUCAUCCUCUUCAAUACAAAACUACUACCCGGAUACACACAACUAGUCAGUCUUCACCAAUGCAAGCAUAUAACCAGUCUAUCGAUGAUCUAGAUAAGGAACUCGAUCACUUGAAGAGUGGCUUCGAGGCGGAGUUGUUGAAGUUCACAAAGGAUUAUUGAUUUACAGUGUAGUAGAAACUUUUGUAGAUAUUGAGACAGAAGAUCACUUCUGCUAAAUGGAAUUUUAGUAAGAUGUUUUGUGUUCUGUUAGACUUGUUAUUACAUGCUUUUGUUGGACUGAGGAAUUUUCAUAAUUGUGAACAAUUUCAAAGUGCCACAAUGAGUGGUUUCUCA